AUGGCGACCGAGAAGGCUGCCUUAGAUGGUUUGGCAGAUGAGAAGGGCGGGGAUACCAAGGCUGGCAAUAUUAUCGAUGCGGCCGAACAUGGCCAGGCUGCGACUGAUCAGUAUGGUCGCGUGCUGAUUGAGUUCGAUCGUGCUGCAGAACGUCGCCUACGACUAAAGAUCGACCUGUGCAUUGUCCCCACUGUGGCAUUGCUCUAUCUAUUUUGUUUCAUUGACCGCGCCAACAUCGGAAACGCCAAACUCGCCGGGUUCGAGACAGACCUGGGCCUCAAGGGCAACGAUUACAACACCGUCUUGUCUAUAUUCUAUAUUUCAUACAUCAUCUUCGAGAUUCCAUGCAAUAUCGCGUGCAAAUGGAUGGGCCCAGGCUGGUUCCUUCCGGCGACCACCGUAUUAUUUGGGGUGUGUUCCCUUGGAACAGCUUUCGUGCAAGAUAUCCACGCGGCAUCAGGAGUCCGAUUCCUUCUUGGGAUAUUUGAAGCAGGCAUGUUACCUGGAAUUGCCUACUAUCUUUCGCGCUGGUAUCGCCGCAGUGAGCUUGCAUUCCGCUUAGCACUCUACAUCGUCAUGGCACCACUUGCUGGUGCUUUUGGUGGCCUGCUAGCGUCGGCAAUCUUAACACUCGACCAUUUCGGCAGCCUGCGCACCUGGCGCAUGAUCUUUGCGAUCGAGGGCAUCAUCACGAUCGGCCUCGGCCUCAUAGCCUUUGUCACUCUAACGGACCGACCGGAGACGGCGCGGUGGUUGACCCAAGAGGAGAAGGACCUUGCCAUUGCCCGACUGAAGGCGGAGCGUGUCUCGACCACGGAGGUGCUGGACAAGAUGGAUCGCAACAAAAUGAUGCUUGGCAUCUUUAAUCCAGUCACACUAUCAACGUCGUUUAUCUUUUUGCUCAAUAACAUCACCGUCCAGGGGUUGGCAUUCUUCGCUCCGACCAUUGUCCGGACCAUUUAUCCGAACGACAGCGUGGUUUCACAACAGUUGCACACUGUUCCCCCCUACGUGGUCGGCGCGUUCUUCACUGUUCUGUUCCCCUUCCUCAGCUGGCGCUGGGAUAACCGCAUGGUGUUUUUCGUCGUCGCACCACCCCUCAUGGUCAUCGGGUAUAUCAUGUUUUUGGCCAGCACCGAGCCCAUGGUGCGCUAUGGUGCUACCUUCCUGAUCGCAUCCGGCGCGUUCGCAUUUGGCGCCCUCUGCAAUGCUCACGUUUCGAACAAUGUCGUAUCGGAUACGGCGCGAUCGUCGGCGAUUGGAACGACCGUCAUGUUCGGCAACUUGGGCGGACUGGUUUCCACCUGGUCAUUUUUACCGUUUGAUGCGCCAAAUUAUCAUAUUGGGAACGGUCUGAACCUGGCCACUUCAUCGUUAAUCAUCAUCCUGGGCGCCUGUCUUUGGAUGUGGAUGAGAUGGGAUAACAACAGGCGAGAGAAGGUGGACGUUGACGAAGCUCUGCGGGGCAUGUCUCAGCAACAGAUCCAGGAUCUAGACUGGCGCAACCCGGCCUUCCGAUGGCGGACGUAG